AUGGGUAGUCUAAACCACCAGCAGGAGGCCGUGGACCUCUCCCACCACAUCAACGUCAAGAGCAAGUCUCGCCACCCCUCGCCUCUCAAAGAAAUUAUCAAGUUUAUGGGCUACGAUGGCAUGAUCAGCCUAGCAGGAGGUCUCCCUCAUCCUUCUUUGUUUCCUCUCGAGAGAGCCAGAUUUGACUGCCUCCCUCCAUCCGCAUCGCUGGGAGAUCAACAGACAGAAACAGAUCUUGUAAGCCUCAAUCUUGGUCGCGGAUUAUCUCCGGGAGAUCUCGACCUUACUCAAUUUCUACAAUAUGGAACUGGAGCCGGGAAUCGACGGCUCAUCCAACUCGCUGAAGAUUUGACCGAGCGAGUGCAUGCUCCACCUUGCCACUAUGAAUGUCUCUUGCAUCCUGGAAACACAAACGCAUGGUCCAAGGUGGUUGGCCUCCUUUGUGAAGACAAUGAUUUUGUCAUUGUUGAAGAGUUUACCUAUCCAUCCGCACAGGCGCUCUGGAUCCCCCUUGGGAUCAAGGCAGCUCCUGUUUCCGCCGAUGCAGAAGGUAUCUUGGCUACUAAUCUGCGAGAAAUGCUCGAAAGCUGGGAUGAGAAGUCAAGGCGUAGCCGAAGACCUAGAGUGCUUUAUUUGGUUUCGGUAGGCUCAAAUCCAACAGGAAUCACAAUUUCAGCAAAGCGUCGCAGAGAAAUUUACCAAGUUUGCGUUGAGUUCGACUUGGUGAUUGUGGAAGAUGAUCCCUAUUAUUUUCUUCAAUAUCCGGGUUACUCGCCGCAAGCCGAGGAGCAACCAUAUCAGCCAAAACCCACUGGAGAGUUUCUCAAGUCAUUAACCCCGUCGUUCCUAUCCAUGGACACUCAAGGGCGUGUCAUCCGGCUCGAGUCUUUCUCCAAGACCAUAUUCCCGGGUCUCCGGCUGGGCUAUUUCAUCGCCAAUCCUCUUUUCACCGAACGACUACUCCGAGCAACCGAGAUCGAGACUCAAGAUCCUGCUGGUCUCAGCCAAGCAUUCACGCUUGCUCUAUUUAACCAAUGGGGGGUUGAUGGAUAUUUACUGUGGCUUCAGAGUUUGCAACAUCAGUACAAAACAAGACGAGAUUGGCUCGUCUCGGCCAUAUAUGACCAGUUCACAGUCGUGUCAGCCGCCAAGUCACCAUUGCCAACUGCUCAAGGGCAUGUAGCCUGCUUACAAGACAAAGUGACUGGCAAGUUGCGCCCCGUCUUUAGCUUCGUCGACCCAGAAGCCGGCAUGUUUGUCUGGUCAAAGUUUUACUUUGGUGGAGUCGCUCGUUUCAUUGAGCUCAAGGCCCAGUCAGUAGAGGACCCGGAGCAGGCGUUUGCUCAAGAGCUUUGGGAGGCCAUGGUGGCGGAGCUCGUCUUGCUUACACCUGGAUCAUAUUAUCACGCUUGGCAAGGGUCGGACAAGGUAUCAACCAAAGCGAGGGGGGCUGAUCCGCGAUCAGCCUUUUUCCGUUUUUCUUUUGCUACUCCAACGAAGGAACAGAUUGAAGAGGGUGUGAAGCGAAUGAGGAAAGUCAUAGGCCGUGUCUGGGAAGCGACAUCAUAA